CGUUUGUAGUCAGGAAGUUGAGCCUGCGCGUCUUUCUUUCUUUUUUUCUCUCUCCCCCCCCCCUCGCGGUUUAUUUCCCUCUCACGAGACGGGGCGGUUUGGAGCCUUGGGAAAGAGGGCGCGCGCCACAGGUGAACGCGAGGGGAGGGGGGGGGAACAGAAGGCCUCCCGUCUGCGGCCGUAGCGUUUCGGGUAACAAGAUGUCAAAGAGAAAAGCAACUAAACACUUCAAAAAGAAAUUGGCAGGAUAUCAAGCCAAGGUGGACUCUCAUGGUAAAUUGUUUUCAUCUGAGGAGCCUGAUGUCUCAAGUAUUUUGAAAAUUUCUGGAACCGGGCAAACAGAAGAAACUGAUGACUUAUUUGAUCAUCCUUUACAUAGCACUGCUCUGUCUGUGUAUGAAGAGGGAGAAGAGGUUGAUAAUGGGAAUGAUCAAUAUUCAGCGAUCAUUGAGUCUACCAGCAGUUUCUCUGAUCCAGAGACCCCAAAGAAAAAUACAAAGAAAAGAAAAACUCACAUUCUGAAAAAAAUAGUGACAAGUGAAGAUUCAGAAGAGGAAUCUUCAGUAAAGGACACGAUACCCAAGAAAAAGACUCAAUCCCAUGUAAAUGAGAAUGUUUUACCAGAAAGGGAGACAAACUGUCCAGUUUCAAAAAAAAUUCCAAAGCAGCCAACAAAAGUUACCGGACGUGCUACUAAGGGAAAAGUUGUUUUGAAGGAGCUUGGAAAGGUAACAGCAGAAUACAAAGAAGAAGUGGAACACAAGUAUAAAAAUGUUAUUGAUAAAUUUCAUGCCAGGCUCAAAGAUCAAUUCACCGACAUUUCUGCAGAUACUGAGAAACUGAAAAGUACAAAAUUGAAACAAACAAAGAUGGUCAGAAAGACAAAUAAGACAAGACAACGUUUAAUAGAAAUUAAAGGAGAACUAUUUAGAAAUGAACCAGAAUUGAAGAAACUAAAGAAAGAACACAGCAAACUGAAAGAAAAAAUAUCCAGUCUCAAGAAUGCAGUUCAGUUUAUCAAAGAUUUAAAGAGUCUUCAGCAAAUGAAGGAUGAAAAGGAAAACUCACAAGAAAAACUGGGAUAUGGCAUUUCCAGCCUUCCUGCACUUCUGAUGGAGUCGCAAAGAAUUUUAGGAGCAGAAAGUCACUUACAAAAUAUCAACACAAAAUUACAGAAAAGUUUGGAACUGCAAAAAACCAACUAAGUAUUCAUAAAGUAGAAGUAAGAAAAUUGUAAAUAAUUUGAUUUUCUUUCAGUGAUCUAAACUCCAUAAAUUCCUUUUGGCAUGCUUACUGGUAUAUUUAGAUAUGACUGACUCAAAAGAAAAAGAAUAACC